GAAAAAAAAUAGACAAAGGAGAGCUGGGGAAGGGUGGAAGAAAGUAACCAAGUCGUUUGUGGGGGCGAACGGGAGUGCGAGAGGAAGCAAAGGGAAAAGAGGUGGAGAAAUCAAGACACCGCUUCUCGUUUUUUGUUAAAAGGAGAGAAAGCCAGCUCCCAUCUCUCACCCCCUCCCCUCCCAUCCCCAACCCUAGACCUUCCCCUCUCCCUCCGCGCCCUUUACAUCGCUCCAAACCUUCAUCUCCGUCUCCUCCUCUCUCCCUCCCUUCCUUCCUCCGAUCAGCGAUGCGGAAGGGGAGAGCUGGCGCGGCCCCGGCAGCGGUGGAGGCGGCGAUCGGAUCUGGAUCGGGCCCGGAGGUCCGGUUCCGCGGCGUCCGGAAGAGGCCGUGGGGGCGGUUCGCGGCGGAGAUCCGCGACCCGGCGAAGAAGACGCGCGUCUGGCUCGGUACCUUCGACUCCGCCGAGGAGGCCGCCCGUGCCUACGACGCCGCCGCCAUCAGCCUCCGCGGCUGCAAGGCCAAGACCAAUUUCCCCACCCCGUGCCCUCCCUUCCCGGCCGUCCCCCUCCCUAUCUCCUCCUCCCCCACCGCCAUCGCCGCCGCGGCCGCCUUUCCCCACACCCCCUACCCUCGCCAGCGCCAACCACGGCCGCAGUGGCCGGCCUCCAGCAGCCACAGCAGCACCGUGGAGUCCUUCAGCGGGCCCCGGCGCUCCUCCGCCGCUCCCCUCAGGUCUCAGCUCAGGAGCCAGAAGGCCGAUCCGCCGCGCGUCCUCCCCGGCGAGGAGGACCUGCACAGCGACUGCGGCUCCUCGUCCUCCGUCGUGGACGACGAUCUCGGGGACAUCGCGUCCGUUUACCGCCAUCCGCCUCUGCCGUUCGAUCUCAACCUCCUCCCGCCGCCCGACGACCACGACCUCGCCCUCGACUGCACCGCCCUCCGCCUCUGAUUCCCCCGAUCGGCGCCGCAGCUGAAGGAAAAAAGAAAAACAUAAAAUCUAUUUGCUUUAUAUGUUUCUUUUUUUUUCCUGCUGUAGUCUUUUCCUUUUGGGGUCUUAUUUUCUUCUUCUCUAGUUGAAUCUAUUUCGUUAUAGCAUAAAUCUGAGAUUGGGUUUUGCUUCUCUAGUCUCUAUUUUUUUUUUUCUUUCCCUUUCUUUCCUCUGUACAAAGGGCAAAAAAAAAAAAAAAAAAA